UUUCAGGCGCAAUAAUCAGCACAACUCGACUUCCUCCGUCCUUGCAGUUUCGUCUUUUUUCUUCAAGGUUGUUCACCAAUCCGUCAACGAUUUCCAACACCCUUUAGCGUCUUUUGUGUCAGCAUAAUCAUGUCCUCUUGGUCAAGGGUUUGGUUGCUUGGAUCGUAUUUAUGGGUUUUGUUAUCUUUGUCUUAUGUACAUGGCCAAGUCACGGAUCCUCAAGAAGUUCGUGCAUUGCUCAACAUUAGGAGAAGCUUGAUUGAUCAAAAUAGAAAUCUCAGUAACUGGGAUCGCAAUGAUCCUUGUACGUCAAAUUGGACCGGAGUCAAUUGCUACAAUAUGACUAUGAAUGAUAGCUAUCUACAUGUCAAAGAACUGCAACUGCUAAAUAUGAAUUUAUCAGGCACUUUAUCUCCAGAGCUUGGGCGUCUAUCUUAUCUUCAAAUUUUGGAUGUUAUGUGGAACAAAAUAACUGGUAAUAUACCAAAAGAGAUUGGCAAUAUUGCAUCUUUAGAACUCUUGCUUCUGAAUGGAAAUCAACUUUCUGGGCCAAUACCCGAUGAAAUUGGCUUCCUUCCGAACUUGGACAGAAUUCAAAUAGAUGAGAAUAACAUUUCUGGACAAAUACCUAUUUCAUUUGCAAACUUGAACAAGACAAAGCACCUCCAUAUGAACAACAAUUCGCUUAGUGGACAAAUUCCACCUGAACUAUCUAGACUGCCUAAUCUUGUUCACUUGUUGCUUGACAACAAUAAAUUAUCAGGAUAUCUUCCACCCGAGCUUGCAAAUCUCACGGAGCUUCGGAUCCUGCAACUGGACAACAAUAACUUCAAUGGGAGUGUUAUACCAUCUUCUUAUGGAAAUAUGGAAAAGCUGUUGAAAAUGAGUCUCAAAAACUGCAACCUACAAGGACCCAUUCCAGAUCUUAGCAGGAUACCAAGACUUGCUUACAUAGACCUUAGUGGAAACCAGCUUAGCGGUUCCAUACCGCAGAAAACGCUCUCGGAGAAUAUGACGACUGUUGUUUUGUCGUACAACAAUCUAAAUGGGAUCAUUUCAACUAACUUUUCUGCUCUUCCUCGUCUAGAAAGACUGUCUCUUGGGAACAAUUCGUUGAAUGGUUCUGUUCCAUCUUCAAUCUGGCAAAAUAGAAACGGACUUAUCAGACUUCUUGUGGAUUUGCAGAACAACUUGCUGACAAAUAUUUCUGGUAGUCUGGAUCUACCUUCCAAUGGCACUGUUAGGCUUGAUGGGAAUCCUAUAUGUUCAAAUGGAAGCUUGAUCCAGUUCUGUCAAACUCAGAAUAGAGAUUUCAACAAUUUUAAUGUCUCAACAAACUCUGCUAUUGGUUGCCCUCCAUUUGCAUGCCCACUCUAUUAUGAAUAUGCUCCAGCACCUCUUUCUGGAACUUGCUUCUGUGCUGCACCUUUGCUUGUUGGAUAUCGGUUGAAAAGUCCUGGAUUUUCAGAUUUUGUCCCACAUGUUCACACCUUUGAGCAGUACCUUACUAGUAGUCUCAGUCUAACUUUUUAUCAGCUUAAUAUUUCUUCAGCAAUGUGGGAAGAAGGCUCUCGACUGAGUAUGUUUUUGAAGAUCUUUCCCCUUAACAUUAAUAACCUUACACAUGAAUUCAAUUCAAGUGAGGUUAUGCGAAUUCGUGGCAAGUUCACUAGGUGGAAUAUUAAUCACAGUGAUCUUUUUGGACCUUAUGAACUUCUCAACUUCACAUUGUUGGGCCCUUAUGCAAAUGUGAUUUCCUUGCCUCCAACAUCUGGAAUUAAUAAGGGUGCACUAGCUGGUAUCAUACUUGGAACAGUUUCUGGUGCAGUUAUAUUUUCUGCAAUCGUGUCGAUUCUUAUAUUGAGAGUAUACAUGAAGAAACAUCGUGCAGUUUCAAAAAGGCGUCUAUUGUCUAAGAUGAACAUUAAGAUUGACGGGGUAAAAGAAUAUACUUAUCGUGAGCUGGCAUCAGCCACACACAACUUUGAUAGCUCCAAUCAAGUUGGACAAGGAGGGUAUGGGAAAGUCUUCAAGGGUAAUCUAUUUGAUGGAACCAUGGUUGCUAUAAAACGUGCUCAAGCAGGCUCUCUGCAGGGGCAGAAAGAGUUUUUCACUGAAAUAGAACUACUUUCAAGGUUGCAUCAUCGAAAUCUUGUGACUUUGAUUGGCUGUUGUGAUGAAGAAGGUGAACAGAUGCUAGUUUAUGAGUUCAUGCCCAAUGGUACCCUAAGAGAUCACUUAUCUGGAAAGUCAAAAGUACCUUUGGGUUUUGCUAUGAGAUUGAGGAUUGCACUUGGUGCAGCCAAGGGCAUACUAUACCUCCACACUGAAGCCAAUCCUCCAAUAUUUCAUCGUGAUAUCAAGACUAGCAACAUAUUGUUGGAUUCCAGAUUUAUCGCUAAAGUUGCAGAUUUUGGACUUUCACGACUGGGACCAGUUCCCGAUGUUGACGGAACUUUACUUGAACAUGUAUCUACAAUUGUGAGGGGGACUCCGGGUUAUCUAGAUCCCGAAUACUUCCUCACCCACAAGCUGACAUUCAAAAGUGAUGUUUACAGCCUUGGUGUUGUAUUUUUGGAGCUUCUGACAGGAAUGCAUCCAAUCUCACAUGGCAAAAACAUAGUUCGUGAGGUGAACCAUGCACAUCGAGCCGGUACAAUUUCUUCGAUAAUAGAUGAUAAAAUGGGGUCAUAUCCAUCUGAAUGUGUGGAGGAUUUUGUGGUCUUAGCCCUAGCAUGUUGUCAAGAUGAGACCAAUGAUCGUCCGACUAUUACAGAGGUGGUCCAGAUUCUAGAAAGUAUAUGGGCCAUGACACCACAGGAAUCUGAUGUCGACUCCACAUCAGAACCUUAUUCUAGCAAUUCAAUUACUCCUCAUUCAUCAUUGGCAUCGGGAAUUAAAAAUCGUGAUUUAUCAACUGAUAUCUCAGGCAGUGAUCUUGUUAGUGGAACCACCCUUCCUAGUCUCUUACCCAGGUAAUAAAUACAUUUUUCAAUCAUCAUUGUAUAUUUAUUCAUCUCUGUAACUAUAGCAUACUGUAGGUGGAAUAUUAAGUUUGAUAUUUAGUCACAGUUAACUUUUUUUGUAUGCAAUUGUAGCUAUUGUUAAGAGAAACAUAUUGUGGUUGUAUAAAAUAGUAAAUAUAAAAUUGUCAAGACUCUUAGGCCUUCUUC